CUUGCACUUUCGCUAUCGUCGACUGCCUAACUUAUGCUAAUCGCCGACUUUAUCAACAACUGUCCCUAUUCAAGGCAGCCGAAAUCGCCAUGUUCAGCGAAGAGACCAGUAAUGAGUCGCUUGACGGGCUUAAAUAUGCCGACAUGAAAGUUGCAGUCAUGGAUAUCGGUCUGGACACAAUUGAGGGAAAUCCUUCGGCCAGCCGAUGCAACAUUAGUAGCCUUAAGGAUGCACUUUUCAAAACCGAGAUGAAAGCGGACUACGCCUGUAGAUGGAUGUAGGGUCCCAUUGAAGACAUACCCACUGCGACUCGUUACAUAUUACUGAUCCGUAUCUCGGACACCAGUCACUAUGCCUGCGAUUAUCUUGAGUUCCAGAAGUUCAUGGAAAUUACACAUGAUCUAUUACUACAUUACCCCGAGACCGAGCGUAACAAGAUCUCAGCUGGAUUGCGCAGAUUUCAACGGCGACACGAGAUCAAAGGCUUCCAUGGGCCGAGUUUUGAUCCAAGGUUUGUAUCUCUCUAUUCCAGCGACCAACACGAGGCUGGACUCGGUUUUCUAGCUGAGCCCGAAGAGGAAUUACCAGCAUCCGAUCUUCCCGCCUUCGUAUCAAUGCCCACCGUACACUUUGGGAGGCCAGCCCGCAUGCCAAAUGCUCAUCAAAAUGCCCACCGUCCAAAAUCACUUUUACAAUACCACUACAGGUUCGGUCAUGACCAGCUAGGAUCUGAUCGCCAGGGAUCGUCUGAUUCCAUGGCCCCUGUCAGUCAGAGUUCCGUCAUCAUUAGAGAGAUGUGGUGCCUGGCCCUGAACAGGAAGAACCUUCUGACUGUCUCUUUCCUCAGGCCGAGCAACAUUUGGCCACUUGCAAAAGAAGAGCGAGGUCAAUUCACCGGCAAUCAAUGGCCCCCAUCACUGGGAUUUGCAAUUGCUCACUGCUUCCGGGGCGACGCCAGUACCGACAUCAAUGCUGCUCAGGUGAACCUAUACUCCAAAGUCUCGUGGAGACGUUUAGCCUUUGGCUUCUUGACCGUUAUGAGCAAUUUGUCAGCAGCAUUCAUCCCAGGGGGGUGGAUAUUUUCCAGAGCAUUUGGAUAUUUUGAGAAUAAGGUAUUGGGAUGUACAUCCCUUGAGAUGGCCAGGCUUGUCUCGGCUGAGACCUUUCUCAACAAGUUACGAAGUAACCGCAAGCAAAGAGGAAAGAAUCCGUUUUCGAAUUCAGUUAUCCUCAAACUUAUAACAUUGUGUUGCCUUGGAUCGUAUCGCUUUAUUGGGCCCCAUGACCUUCAACUUUGCGACCUAAAGGAGCGUACGAAACGUUGGAUGGAGAUCGAGUCAGAGGCGCGGGCACAGGAGAAUCCUCCUGAAGACAUCCUCGAUUCUUUGAGGGAGCUCUGGGCGAUAGUCGUUGUAUUUCGGAUGAAUGUUCUUCAACUGGGGCGUCGGAAUUUAUGCCAACUGGACCACGAGAGUCUUUGGACAAAGAUAUUCAUGCUCAUCUGGAACCGCGGCAUGAAGAAGCAAGAGGCGAACACGGUUAAGCUCCGAUACCAGCCUCGGAAAUUUUCGUCAUUAGGGGGAACUCUUGAUGCCCUGGAAGAGAGGCUUAUCAGGGCUCAGAACGUCCUUGACGGGCAACUACGCCUAGCAAAUCAAGGCGAUCAAGGACACAGAGAACGCGAGAAUGGGGAGUUUUUGCGGAGCAUCCGUGCCUUUGGGAGCAGCCCGUCUUUGGCUUGUCUGCAUCGGAUAUGCACUAUCUCUUCACCAACUCGAUUUUCGAUAAGUUCGCAGGACAUCAGCGAGAUGUACGCGAACAAAAUCUCCGGGUUGGAACGGAUUAUGCGUGAUUCCGCCACGCAGCCUCUUGUCUAUCAGAUUUCUGCGGUGGCAGAUGAGUUACUAAUUCUGAAGGACAUACUACGAAGCCAGAUAAAUGUCGUAUCUUCGGUUGCAGAGCGCGUUGUGCAGCAACUGGGGAAGCCGUCCUUAUUCGAGUGCGAUAGAGAACGUGCGGCCGACGCGGGAGAUCCCCCAUCAACACCAGCUACAAACAAAUCGCCAGAUGUUACCGACGAGAGGAAAGCACAGAUACUUGAGGCUCUUAAAGGUGUUGUCAGACGUCGACAUGAACAGCUGACCAACAGCAUUGAGAGAUUAGAGGGAACUUCAGCGCGUCUCCAGGCCCAGGUAUGAGCGUCCUUACCCUUAACAUAGAAGACGCCUGUAUGUCAAGUGACACUACAGUCAUCAAGUUGAAACGUCAUUGACUGGAAACAGGCGGUCCUGUUCAU